AUGUUAGCGGGCAGCUCUGAGCCUUGGAAGCGUGAAGCAGAGGGCGACGGGGCGGCAGCUGUGCCUGCGCCCCCUGCCAUCGACUUCCCCGCAGAGGGCUCGGACCCCAAAUAUGAUGAGUCUGAUGUGCCAGCCGAACUCCAGGUAUUGAAAGGACCCCUGCAGCAGCCGACCUUCCCAUUUGCAGUAGCCAACCAACUGCUGCUGGUGUCUUUGCUGGAGCACUUGAGCCAUGUGCAUGAGUCAAAUCCAGUUCGUUCAAGACGGGUGUUUAAAUUGCUCUGUCAGACCUUUAUCAAGAUGGGGCUGCUGUCGUCCUUCACCUGUAGUGAUGAGUUUAGCUCACUGAGACUACAUCACAACAGAGCUAUCACACACUUAAUGCACUCAGCUAAAGAGAGAGUGCGUCAGGAUCCUUGUGAGGAGAAUUCUCAGAUCCCGAAAAUCAGGUCAAGAGAAGUGGACUUGGAAGCACAAACCUCACGCUACUUAAAUGAAUUUGAAGAGCUCACCAUCUUGGGGAGAGGCGGCUACGGAAGGGUAUACAAGGUCAGGAAUAAAUUAGAUGGCCAGCAUUAUGCAAUUAAAAAGAUCCUGAUUAAGGGUGCAACUAAAACAGAUUGCAUGAAGGUGCUACGGGAAGUGAAGGUGCUGGCGGGCCUGCAGCAUCCUAACAUUGUAGGCUACCACACCGCCUGGAUAGAACAUGUACACGUGGCCACGCCACAAGUCAGAGGUCCUAUUCAGUUGCCAUCUCUGGAGGUGCUUUCCAAUCUGGAAGAUGACAGAGAUGAGUGUGGUGUCCAACAUGGUAACAGUAGCAGCUCAUCCAUUGUCUUUGCUGACUUAACCUCAGACAAAGAAAAAGCCUUUGGAGAAUCUGACUUUGAAAAUCAGAACAACAUGCUGGUGAACUACACCACCAAUUUAGUGACAAGAGAUGCCAGUGGUUUUGGAUCAUCCAUUGAGCUACGAGAAAAUGGAAUGUCAGCUGCUGGCCCUCAGCUGCCUCUCAGGCAUCAUUCAGAUUUGGGGGAGAAUUGCACCUCCUCCGAGGAAUCUUCUGAAGAAAACUUGAACUUGUUUGGGCGGACAGAGGUGCAGUACCACCUGAUGCUGCACAUCCAGAUGCAGCUGUGUGAGCUCUCGCUGUGGGACUGGAUCACCACGAGGAACAGGAGGGGCCGGGAGAGCACAGACCAGGCGACCUGUCCUUAUGUUAUGGUCAGUGUUGCUACAAAAAUUUUUCAAGAAUUGGUGGAAGGUGUGUUCUACAUCCAUAGCAUGGGGGUUAUGCACAGAGACCUGAAGCCUAGAAAUAUUUUCCUUCAUGGCCCUGAUCAGCAAGUUAAAAUAGGAGACUUUGGUCUGGCCUGCACAGACAUCCUGCAGAAAAACACAGACUGGACCAGCAGGAGUGGGAAGAGUGUGCUGCCAACACAUACUUCCAGAGUGGGAACCUGUCUGUACGCAUCCCCUGAGCAGCUGGAAGGAUCCGAGUAUGAUGCCAAGUCAGAUAUGUACAGCCUGGGUGUAAUCCUGCUAGAACUCUUCCAGCCGUUUGGAACAGAGAUGGAGCGAGCAGAAGUGUUAACAGGUUUGAGAACUGGUCAGAUCCCCGAAUCCCUCAGGAAAAGGUGUCCAGUCCAAGCCAAGUAUAUCCAGCUCUUGACCAGCGAGAACUCAUCCCAGAGACCGUCUGCCGUCCAGCUGCUCCAGAGUGAACUUUUUCAGAAUUCCGGAAAUAUUAACCUUACCCUGCAGAUGAAGGUGAUGGAGCAGGAAAAAGAAAUCGAAGAACUGAAGCAGCAGCUGAGCCGCCUCUCCCGGGACAGAGGGGUGAAGGGGGGACGCAGGUCAGGAGCCUGCCCGGCCAGCCUUGAUGAGGCCGUAUAA